AAUUUCAAUGGUCGUCUUCUCUUCUUCCAUAUAUAUGAAACCCCUACGUACAGGCAGCCACUUCUUCCUUUAAGUUGUGUUGAAAUUCAAGCUCCUAAUUUUUCUUUUUCAUUUUAAUAAUGAAAAAACCACCUUUUCUUCUCCUUCUUCUUCCUCCUGUUAUGUGCUGUAAAUUGUAAUCCAUAUUUAUAUCCUCCCUUUGUCCUUCAUCUAUUCCCACAUUUUCACACUACAUGAAUUUGCUGUCAUAAUCAAGUGAAUGCAGGUUCAUUGUGAGAGAAAGUUGGUAAUGGAACAGGGCAAAGGUAGAGACACCCUGCGAUCGAUGGCAACCAAGAAAAAAGAAAGUAGCAGUUUGGGGAAAGAGAAAAGGGUCACUUGCCCUUCAAAACCAAAUGCUUCCAUUACCACCCUCGGAGCAGCAAGCCAAGGGCUAAGAAGACCCACUAUAGCAAGCCUUCAAGGGCAAGAGCAAAGAAGAGUCUCUCUACCUGCCACCUUACCCACCCAUAUCAACAAGUCUACAAUAAGCACAUGCAGUGAUGGUUCUACCAAGACUGCUAAAAAAAUUGGGGUUGUAAACAGCUCCACCAAAUCCCAACCCCAAAGACCUGCAUCGGCAGCUCCAGUCCAAAAGCCACUUGUUUCUUCGGCUCCACGCAAACCAACAACAGCCAGAGCUGCUGCUUCUUUGAGUUCAAAAGUCACUGCUACUGCACACAGGCCCACCUUGGAAAGGCUUGCCAAAAACCCAAUUGCAGGGAAACCAUCCACGUUAUCAUCUUCUUCGUCUAAGACUAGGACUAGGACUAUGUCUACGACUAAGAGCUUGAAGAAGGCCCCUACUACUACCACUAAGAGGGGAACUACUACUUUUUUGGCUUCAAAGAAACCUCCAUUAACUAAAAAGGAUGUCCAAAAAGAAAAUUUGGAUCAUCAAGUUGAGGAGGUCGUGAAAGAUGAGGUGGGUGAAGUACAUGAUGUUGAAAUACCAAAAGCUGAAGAAACCCAACAACAUGAUUACCAGGUUGAAGUUUUGGAUGCUACCCAUCAUGUCCAAAGUGUUGAAGAAGAAAAGGAAAAAGAUACCCUUGAUGAUGUUCCCGCAGUUGUGGAACAACAUGAAGUUCCUCAGCUUGAAGAAAUGGAAGAACAUGAUGGAGAUAAGGAAAAUGACAGCAAAGAGGAGGUCAACGAUAGUGAUGGUAACAAAGAAGAAGAGGUUCAACAGGAGGAAACUAAAGCAGAAGCCGAAAAUGGAGGAGUAGAAGAAGGUUAUAGAGCUGAGGAGGUGACUGAAAAUGGAGAAGAAAAGGGUGAUCAUGAAGGGAAAGAACAGGAGUUUGAAUUAGUUAAAGAAGAAACAAUAGUAGAGGAAGCAAAUGUGGUAAUUGCCACAAGCCAAGUACAAGAAGAAGCGCUGCAUGGGGUAAAGGAAACCAUUGAAGAGGAAGCAAAUGUGGUAAUUGCCACAAACCAAGAACAAGAAGAAGCGCUGCAUGGGGAAAAGGAAACCAUUGAAGAGGAAGCAACUGUGGUAAUUGCCACAAACCAAGAACAAAAAGAAGCGCUGCAUGGCGAAAAGGAAACCAUUGAAGAGGAAGCAAAUGUGGUCAUUGCAACAAACCGAGAACAAGAAGAAGCGCUGCAUGGGGAAAAGGAAACCAUUGAAGAGGAAGCAAAUGUGGUAAUUGCCACAAACCAAGAACAAGAAGAAGCGCUGCAUGGGGAAACGGAAACCAUUGAAGAGGAAGCAAAUGUGGUAAUUGCCACAAACCAAGUACAAGAUGAAGCGCUGCAUGGGGAAAAGGAAAUCGCAACACCCAUCAUAAGUGAUAUGGUGAUGGAGGGGAAAGCUAGUGAUAAUAAGGUAGUUGACGGGGGGAAGAACAGUGUUAGAGCACUGAUUGGGGCAUUUGAGACUCAUAAAUGAAAACAAAAAACUUACAAAAUGCGUGAAGCCAUGGUUGAGUUUUUUUUCUUUUUAUUCAUUUCAAUUGUUGGAAUCUUUCCCCCCACUUUCCUUUGUUCCUGUAAGAAAUUAAAUGUAGCAAGAAUUUGUAAUAUUCAAAGAUUAAUUUAAUAUGUGUAUAUAUUCUUUACCGAA